UUCAUUGCGCUUUGCUCCACAUUCGCUGAAAAUCCAAAGUCUUUAGUCGCGAAGAAAAUUCGUGUAUUUCAUAUUCAAAAUUAAAAUUAUAGUGGAAAACAAAGCCUAAUAAUUACAAAAUCAAGCACAAAUACAAGUUCAAAUGAAAUACUAACGAAAACCUAAAGUGGCAACCAAAAAGAACCUGCAACAUUAUGAUUUAAUAAGCAGCAGCAGGAGUAGAAAAAUAGCAUAAAUCUCUUUCGCGAAUACAAGAAACAAAAAUCAUAAUGCACAUAGUAUGUAUGUAAAUGUAACGCACAAUACGAUAAAAGUGUUGCGACGGCGAACUUGAAUUGACAUUAAAUGGGCAAAGUGCGCAACAAUCGCACAAACGACGAACGAAAGCAGCAUCAACGGCAACGGCAGUAUCGACAACAGCAGAGGCACAAACAUAAAAGUGUAAUUAGGUGAAUUACACACACACGCACACAAUUGAAACAGAAUAAUUUUUAUGAAUUGGAUUCAUUUGCCACUUGAAGGCGAAAGUGAAUGCGAAAAAGUACACAAAGUGGAAGCAGCAAACAAGAAAUUCAUAUACAUAUAUGUAUGUGUAUUUAACACAAAAAAAAUAAAAAUACUGUGCAAUAUAGUAUGCAUGUAUGGUUAAUAAAUUAUUUUAAUAUCAAUACCGCAGAAAAAAACGAAUAUUUACAAUUGAAUCCACCCAAAAAUAUCUAAAAAAAAAUAUUUAAAAAAUAACGUAAACGCUUGCAUUCGUUAAAUUAUCAGUGAUCGUGUUUUAAAAAAGGCGCACGCGCGCCCCACCGUUUCUCUACAGCAGCAGCAGAGUAAAAUUGUGCGUGUGCGUGUGUGUGUGUGUGUGUGUGUUACUGUGCGCGCAACUCGAGAGGAUUUCCGUUUCAUUAUCACCUUUUGAAUUGGUCUUCAAUUGAUAUACUUUUCGAAACAUUUUGUGAAACUGCAAACGCGACAUCUGCCAACGAUUAGUGCGAUCCCACAACUUCCGUUUAAAUAUCGUUCCUAAGCUCGUUCAUUGUGCACAACCUUUGCAGUGGUAUCCUUUCCAUUUGAAACGCUUUUAAUAAAUUUGAUCUACACAAUGUUUACGGGAAAAUUACAAAUAAAAGUUUGUGAGGCAAUCGGGCUACGACCAACCGAUUUUCAAAAGCGCCACAAUUUGACAUUCGGAAAGUUGGCCGACGAACAGCCGAUCGAUCCUUACAUAUCGAUCGAUGUCGACGAUAAUCAUUUUGAUCGCUCUACAACGCGACCCAAGACAUUCGAUCCAGUUUGGAAUGAGCAAUUCGUUCACGAUGUUACCAAUGCAAAAAAUAUUAAUUUGACGGUAUUUCACGACGCAGCGCUGCCACCGGAUGAUUUUGUUGCCAAUUGUCAAAUACCUUUUGAAGAUAUUAUGCAAAAUGAAACGGGUGUACUUGAUUUAUGGGUGAAUUUGGAGCCACAGGGUAAACUACAUAUUAUAAUCGAAUUAAAGAAUCGAGUUGAUUCCAAUAAGGAUGUUGCUGAAGUGGUGGAAGCGGUUACCCAAAAUAAAGAAUUCAAAGAGCGCGCUGGUUUCAAUCGCCGUCGCGGUGCCAUGCGGCGGCGUGUGCAUCAGGUAAACGGACACAAGUUUAUGGCGACUUUCUUGCGACAGCCGACUUUUUGUUCACAUUGCCAAAAAAUUUAUUUGGUAAGUACAUGGCGCAUAUUUGCCACAGAAAAGUCAACGCAUGCGACAAAUCGCUGUGGCGUUGGAGGUAUAAAAUCAUCCUUACCAUAA